AUGAAUGACGUAGUGGUGCGAGUGCUGGUGCCACUGGACCCUAACGCUGCCUCAUCAUCAUCGAAGGUCGCCAAGACUGCCGCGCCCGCAGGCUACGAGGAAGUGCAGGAGACUCUGCCUGGCAUCUUCAGCCUCAAGGUGGGGCGGCCUGAGCGAAUCAGGAAGGAGGUGAAGGGAGCCGCACGGGUGAUUGGACCAGAGCGCCAGGGCAAGCGAAGCCAGGUCGUAGACGUUCAGCUUGUCCUGUGUAGUGAGGCACAGUAUGGCGCCCUCGCUAUACACCACGUCCCUGAUCCCCUCAGCCACCGGGAUAUGCCGCAACUGCUCCUGACGCGAGGAGGGUGGUACGACGACGAAGACGAAUGGGAAAAGCCACAGCAGGCGAGCGGCUUCCCGGCCUUCUCAGCUCCGCCCGGCUAUCAGAUGAGCGAGGAAGAACAGCUCCAAGCCGCGAUGAUGCUCUCCCGCGUGGCCGCCGACGAAGACGCCGACAAGGAGCAGGAUUUCGAGGGGCUGAUGCUGAGCAAGGGCCUGAUGAUCAAGAAGAUCAGCGACGACGGCAACUGCCUGUUUGGCGCCGUGGCCGACCAGGCCUACGCCGACCCCGCCCUCCACGCCGAGCUCCGCAAACAGUGCCUUGACUACAUGGAGAAGGAUCGGGACCACUUCUCGCAGUUCGUGACGGAGGACUUCGAGGCCUAUGUGCUGCGCAAGCGGUGCCUGGGCGUCUACGCCAACAACCCGGAGAUCCAGGCCCUCUCCGAGAUGCUCGGCCGGCCCAUCGAAGUCUAUUCCUACGCUUCAGAACCGAUGAACACAUUCCAAGGGGCGGGUGGCGGCGGCGCUCGGCCCAUUCGGAUCAGCUACCACCGGGGCAACCACUACAACUCGCUGCGAUCGCUCGACCCGACGACGGAGGAGGCGCCGCUGCCCGCACUCGCGCCAUCGGGGGCAGCAGCGGCAACGACAGUGCAGCCGCCGCAGGCUACGCCAGCCGGCGAGGGCGAGAACGCGUGCUUCCUGUGCGGACAGCAGUGCGUCGACUACGAGGACCUCCAGAUCCACAUGUUCACCACGUGCGAAAAGAAGGACCUCCUAUGA